AUCUCAAGCGUUGCAGUCGCUUUCCAUGCGAACUCGAUUUUCAAAGCCAUCUGCACUCCUUUCCUAACUUCCAAACUCAACUCAACUCAAGUCUCGUGGUUGUAUUUAUUUUUUGGCCAACAUCUGCGUGUCUGCCACAGAUUCGCGUGAAAGUGGUCCAAAUCAAUCACAAAUAACUCGGGAUACAGCGAGUGUUGCAAUUAUCAUACACUAAUCAAAGAGUCACAGCCUUUAUUAUGUUUCUCACAAAGAGUUCAAGUGCGCGGCACUCGUUGCUGUUGCUUCUGUUGGCCUUUUGCUGCCUGAGCAGUGCCUUUGGAGCCAAGAUAACGAAGAAGGUUGUUGAGAAGACGUCGGAAAAGCCUGAGGCUGAGGCAGAGGAGUCUGCUGCUGCUGCAUCGCCGAUUGAGGAGGAAAACGAUGAUGAUGACGAGGAGGAAAAUGAUGACGACGAUGAGGAGGAGGAGGAGGCGGUGGAUGCAGCAGACAAAGAAGCUGCCACAUCAAGUAACAAGAACCCCAAUGCAGUUCAGGCAGCCACCGAUCCCACAGAUCUCAGUGUCUGGGGCAUGGUCCGCACUCUUUGGGGCUGGCUGCGCAGCGAUCUGAGUGAAAGCCUAUUCGGCGAUGACGACAAAGAUGACGACGGGAAGCCAGCGUCCGGCAGCUCAGCUGUGGAGGGUCGUACCUUCGGCAAAAUCCGUCGCCUGCAGAUGGCCUUAAUCCCGAUCAUCUUCAAGUUUGGAGUUCUUUCGGCAAUGGUGGCCUUCCUUGUUGCCAUUGGCAUGAAAUCCCUCUUCCUGCUCAAGGUUCUGGUGGUAAUGAAUUUCAUUGCCAUUCUGGGCAAGUUCAUUACCCUGAAGUCGAGCCUCUUCGGACAGUAUGAGAACACGGCGCCUUCGUUCAAUUACCCCGGCUGGAAUCCUCAUGCCAAGGAGUCGUGGGGCGCCACUGGCUUCAGUGGACAAACUGGACAUGGAGGAUCACAUGGUGGACCACCCAGCAAGGAGAUCCACCUGCACAUUCACGGAAAUGCCCAGACUCAGGCUCAGCUGGCGGGUCAGGGCUAUCAGUAUGAAUCGCAGUCAGGCGGAUGGGCCAGUCGAUCGGAUCCCUAUGGAGCCUAUGCACCCACGGGUCAGUUUACCGAUAGUCAGCCGGUGGGCGGAAUUGCUGGCGAGGUGCCCAAUAAUACGGAUCCCAUGUCCCUGCUGCCCACAAAAUACCGGGCGAGGCGACUCAUCCGCUGAAGGAAACAAAGAGCUGUUCCACUCAUCAAUGGGAAGUCAACGACCACCGCGUUUAAUUAGCUAGCACACAUUUUUAGUCAGCGACUUUACAAGGACGCAGCUUUACGUACACCUAAAACUAUAGUUACGAGCCCCCUAGUAUUUAAUUAAAUUAUUUGCCCCCAAGUAGAUUUAAAA